AAGAAGACUCGCUUCCGCAUGCAAGUACUGUAGCCUAAUGUCAAGUGGAAGCAUUGUAGCGACAACAACGAUAGUUUUUGCACAGCAGGUGCCUGUCCGAAGAAAAUAUUUAAUAUUGGGAUAGUAUUGACAUAGGUCGGCAGCAGGGUUAUAGCAUUCGGAAGAGUUUCUCCUGUACAGCAAUAACAAACUCGAGGUAUAUUUUAUAACAAAAACAAGGUAGGCUACUGGUAUGUUUCACUGUGAGGUCUUUGCCUCUGUUUGGGGAUAUUGUUGACAUUCAGGAUGGACCUAAAAGAAAAGACAGCUGCCAUAUUGAAGCAGUAUGAAGUCGGGAGCAGAUUCUCCUACUUGCCUGUCCUGCCCAAAGCCUCCGUGUUGAUACCGCUGUUUGUGAGGGACGGAGAGGUACACAUGCUGAUGACUCUACGCUCCCAAGAGCUGAGGACCAACGCAGGCGAGGUGUGUUUCCCAGGUGGGAAGAGGGAUCCGAGGGACAGGGAUGAUGUGGACACGGCUCUGAGAGAGGCAGAGGAGGAGAUAGGCCUUCCUCCUGACCAGGUGGACGUGGUCUGCACACUCUUCCCCGUUAUGAACAAGAGUGGUCUGUUGGUGACUCCAGUGGUGGGAUUCAUUGAGGCCUCAUUCUCUCCUCGCCCAAACCCAGCCGAGGUCAGCGCUGUGUUCACUGUCCCCCUGGAGUUCUUCACUAGAGAGAUAGACCACUCAUCCUACAGCGCCCCUGGAAUUGCUGGCCUGCUCCACAGUUUCCAGUUUCCGGACUCUGAAUCAGGCAGCCACUAUCAGAUAUGGGGCCUGACUGCCAUUUUGGCUAUACUGGUCUCUGUCCUAGCCCUCAGGAAAAAGCCAGAGUUUGAGACUGGUUUUGACUCUGAUGACCCGGUAUCUUUCUUCCAACACAAUCUAAACAAGAGGAUCAGUAAACUAUGACAGAUAAAUGUUUUGACAUUUUAACCAGAUCAUUAUAUAAUGUAAUGAUAGUGAGAGCAUAUUUUUCCCUAAAACGUUGUAAAUGUAAUUGUUCUGCCAACUGUAAAUGUGGAAUUAUGUGCAAUACCUACAGUCUUUACAAAAAUCGAACGAAAAAAAUAAAUACUUUGAAUGUAA